UCUCUUCCCAGUACAAGGAAAAGUACCAACAACAACAACAACAACAACAACACACACACAAAAUAGCCCUACAACUUUUAAGGUAGAAUUAGAAGCUUUGAAGAGAAGAGAAAUGACGAAGCAGCAGGGCAAUUCCGCCCCUCAUUACUCAUAUCCACCGCCUCGUCAGAGUAGUGGCACCGCCGCCGACUAUGCAAACUACAAGAAGAUUUUGGGCCAGCUCGAGCUCGGCUUGGCUUGUAACGGCCGAGUCAAUUCUUGGCUCGAGUCGAUGAAGGCGUCAUCGCCGACGCAAAUCAGGCCCUUCUUAGCUUCGUCUUUCGAUCCCGACUACAACGAUUGGAUCGAGAAGCACCCUUCGGCGCUGAGCAGGUUCGAGGAGAUCACGGCGAUGUCGAGGGGGAAGAAGAUCGUGAUGUUUCUCGACUACGACGGAACGCUUUCGCCCAUCGUCGACGACCCGGACUGCGCUUUCAUGUCGGAUGCAAUGAGAGAGGCAGUGAGAGAUGUAGCAAAGCACUUCACAACUGCUAUUGUUAGUGGGAGGUGCAGAGACAAGGUGUAUAGCUUCGUACAACUGGGAGAAUUGUACUACGCUGGUAGCCACGGGAUGGACAUCGGAGGGCCCACAGGAGGGCCCAUGCACACCAACUCUAAUGCAAAAGCAGUUCUCUUCCAACCUGCAAGUGAAUUUUUGCCCAUGAUGGAUGAGGUUUAUGAAGCACUGUCAGAGAAAAUUGAAUCAAUCCCAGGUGCCAAUGUGGAGAACAAUAAGUUCUGCAUAUCGGUUCACUUCCGUCGUGUCGAGGAAAAGAAAUGGCAUGUCCUAAUUGAGCAUGUUAGAUCAGUUGUCGGGGAAUAUCCGAAACUCCGGAUUACGCAAGGAAGGAAGGUGUUGGAGAUUCGCCCACCUAUUAAAUGGGACAAGGGAAAGGCCCUGGAAUUUUUGUUAGAAUCACUUGGAUUUGGGGACUCUAGUGAUGUAUUUCCAGUAUAUAUUGGAGACGAUCGAACUGAUGAAGACGCUUUCAAGGUUUUGCUUGAGAGAGGACAGGGUGUGGGAAUCUUAGUUUCCAAAUCUCCGAAGGACACCUGCGCCUCUUAUUCUCUCCAAGAGCCUUCUGAGGUCAUGGAUUUUUUGCAUGGCCUAAUAGAGUGGAAGUGCCACUCACUCAAUGAAAAUGAAGAGGUGUAAAUGAGACUACAUGUAGCCGACGAUCGACAUGAGAGGCCUGGAUGAUAGUCUAAGUGACAUGAUAAUUGAAUACCUUGUACCUUGCUUAGGAGAAAGAAAUAAGAUUAGAAAGAUAGGUUGUUUUCUUUUAUACAACGCUUUUUUUGCUGCUGCUUUUUUUUCGCAACCUUUAUGCACCUGAGCCUGAUAAGGGUUCAUCUUUUUGUAUCCUUCUUGGUAGGUCUGUAACUAUUUUUAUGCUCACACAAAGCGAUAGGUUUCUAACACCUGUACAAGAAAUUCAAGAAUUAAUUCCUCUC